AAAGGAAAAGAAAAAGGGACUUAACCCUUUCUCUCCGUUUGUUUGCUAAACCCUAAAGAAACCCUAAAAGUCAAGCCAUUCGCAGACUCAGAGCAACAAUGGAGUUGAAGGUCAGUAAGAAAGCAACAAUGGCGACGACUAAGAAGAAGAACAGUAAGAAGGAAAAACCAGAGAACACAAAGGAAAUACCGAAGAAUACAGAGGAAAAGAAGAACACGAAAAAGGAGGGAAAAGACAAUAAAAAUUUGCAGAAAAAUAAAAAGGAGAAAAAAAUUAGAAGUAGUUUGCAGAAAAUCAAGCUUCGCGACGUAGAAGAAGAAGAAAAAGCACCUAAAAAUUCAAAGGAAUACACAGAGGGGGGUGAUUCAGAACAUACCUCUGGAGAUGAGGUACAUGUUAAUGCAGGUGGUGUUUCGUCUAAUGGAACUAUUGUAGCUCGUGCCGGUAGUGAUGCCAAUACGAGUGCUAAUGAUGAUGAAGACAACUCGUAUCAUUCGGCUGAGGAGAGCGAUUCGUCAGAAGACGAGGUUGCUCCUCGGAAUACUGUUGGGGAGGUUCCAUUGGAAUUCUACAGAGAUGAGGAACAUAUUGGGUAUGAUGUUACCGGGAAGAAGAUUAAAAAGAAGGAGAGGAAAGAUCAACUUGAAAGGUUUCUAUCCAGUGUUGAUGAUAAGAAAUCCUGGAGGAGGUUUGUUGAUGAAUACAAUGACGAGGAAGUAGAAUUGACAAAAGACGAGAUCAAGAUGAUACGCCGUAUAAUGAAAGGAAAAACACCACAUGCUGAAGCAGAUCCCUAUGCGCCAUAUGUUGAUUGGUUUGAUUGGGAAGGUAAAGGUCAUCCUUUGUCAAAUGCACCAGAGCCAAAGAGAAGGUUCAUUCCCUCAAAAUCAGAGGCUAAAAAGAUAAGUAAGUAUGUGAGGGCUAUCCGAGAAGGAAGAAUCACAUUUGAUAAACCCAAGGAAAAGCCAAGAUUCUACCUAUUAUGGGGUGAUGAUUCUAGCUCAUCUGAAAAAACAAGAGGAUUAUCUUAUAUUCCUCCUCCUAAAGCGAAAUUGCCUGGUCACGAGGAAGCUUACAAUCCUUCCUUGGAAUUCAUACCAACUCAGGAAGAGAUUAAUUCAUAUCAGUUGAUGUAUGAGGAAGAUAGACCUAAAUUCAUUCCCACGAGGUAUACAUCUUUGAGAAGUGUCCCAGCAUAUGAUAAUUUUCUCAGGGAACGGUUUGCUCGUUGUUUGGAUCUGUAUCUGUGUCCUAGAGUUCGUAAGAAGAGACUUAAUAUUGAUCCUGAAUCCUUGAAAACAAAGUUACCGGAACCCAAAGAUCUUAAGCCUUACCCCACAACAUGUUAUAUUGAGUACAAGGGUCACACGGAUGCUGUUGUCACAAUUUCAACCGAGUCUUCAGGGCAAUGGAUUGCUUCUGGUUCAACCGAUGGAACUGUACGCGUUUGGGAGGUUGCAACUGGGAGAUGUGUCCGUGUCUGGGAAGUUGGCAGUGACAUUCGGCAUGUUGCAUGGAAUCCUUUACCACAUCAACCAAUUUUGGCUGUCUCUGUGGACCAAGACGUUCUAAUUUUAGAUACUGGAUUGGGGAGUGAAGAACAGCAGGGGAAAAUUAGGGAUCUUUUGCGCAUGGAAAAACCUACUGCUGAAUCUGGUGAAGCUGCCAUUGUAAGCUGGCUUCCUGAUGAUAAACUUGGUGGUCUAAGGUUGAAGCAUUUUAAGUCUGUAACGUCAAUCGAAUGGCACCGUAGAGGAGAUUACCUCUCAGCAGUUAUCCCAGCUGGUGAAUCUCGAGCGAUAAUGAUACACCAGCUGUCUAAGAAAGGAAGUCAGAGAAUCCCAUUCAAGUUGCAUGGACUUCCUGUCUCCACGGCUUUCCAUCCAUCUCGUUCUAUUUUCUUCAUCUCGACAAAGAAAAAUGUCCGUGUGUAUGAUUUACUGAAGGAAAAACUGAUCAAAAGACUUGAUACAAAUCUACGUGAAGUAUCAUGCAUUGCAGUACACCCUGGAGGUGAUAAUAUGAUCGUUGGGACCAGAGAAGGAAAAUUGUGUUGGUUUGACAUGGAUCUCUCAUCGACUCCGUAUAAAGUGCUGAAGGCUCACUCAAAGGAUAUCACAAAUGUGGCCUUUCACCGCUCAUAUCCUUUAUUUGCUUCAUGCUCAGAGGACGGUAAAGCCUAUGUUUUCCAUGGCAUGGUUUAUUCAGACCUAAACAAAAAUCCUCUCAUUGUGCCACUGCGAAUUCUCCAAGAGCAAAAAGGAAAAGGAGUUCUGGAUUGCAAGUUUCAUCCUAGGCAACCCUGGUUGUUUACUGCUGGUUCUGAUUCCGUCAUCAAACUCUAUUGCCAUUAGGAGUAUUAGCCUUUGCCACCGAAGCUUGAUUGAGAAUCAACAGAGGAUAAAGUCUUUACAUUUUCCAAUGCUUAUUGCUAAAUUGGGAGGUGUCUUUUUGUAGAAUAGAACUUGUAUUUUGCUAUUAUUUUUAUGAAAAAAAUGUCGCACAAUAUUUACAACUGUGAUGUCGAUGUAAAGCUAGAUACUACUUCAUUAAAUUUAACGAUGUACGACCAACA